AUGCAACGAGCGGAAGGCUUAAGACGUAAUUCGACGUCAAUUAUCCUCAAGGCUAAGAAGAUGAGCGACGCCAAGGAACACUAUUUCAGUGAACCAAAAAAUAUGGAAAAAGCUUACCCAGAUCCAAGUCCAGGUCCAGACCCAGAUCCAAGUCCAGGUCCAGACCCAGACUCAAGUCUAGGUCAAGGUCCAGACCCAAGUCUAGGUCAAGGUCCAGACCCAAGUCCAGGUCCAGGUCCAGACCCAAGUCCAGGUGAAGGUCCAGACCCAAGUCCAGGUGAAGGCCCAGACCCAAGUCCAGGUCAAGGUCCAGAUCCAAGUCUAGGUCAAGGUCCAGAACCAAGUACAGGUGCAGGUGAAGAUCAAGGUGAAGGUGAAGGUGAAGGUCUAGAUCCAGGUCAAGGUCCAAGUCAUGGUCAAGGUCAAGAUGCCACCGGAAAAAGGAAGUGGAAAUUGGAUUUACCCAAUGAGAACGCUUACAACUUUCGAGUUGUAAGCGAUACAACCGAUGAGGACGGCUUCGUUUCGGUAGCCAUACCGAAGGAAGCCUUAGAGUAUAGAUUUGUGGAGGGAUACGGUUGGUGUGUUUGCAUACCCGAUCUUCGGGAUGUUUCACAAGAUCCCCCAACAAGUGAUGAUGAUGAUGAUAGUGAUGAUGAUGAUGAUAGUGAUGAUGAUGAUGAUAGUGAUUAUAGUGAUGAUGAAGAUGGGGAUGCUGAUGAAGAAGAAGUUCAUGUAGAAGAAGUAGGAGAAGAAGAGGAAGAACAAGAGGAAGAAAAGGAAGAAAAAGAGGAAGAAGAGGAUGAAGAAGAGGAAAUAGACGAGGAAGAAGAAGAAGAAGAUGAUGAUAAUGAAGAAGGAUUAAACUUAAUGAUCUUGCUGCUGCUGUUCGGUGGAAUUUUGAUGUCAUGCAUUAUUCCAAUGGCAUACAACUACUUCUGCCCUGCUCCAAUGGAAGACAUUACUUGGUGGCAGUCCAUCAUAGAUACAAUCUACCCACAGCCAGUUGUGGACACCUCUUGGUGGGGAACCAUCAAGAGCUUCAUUUACCCACAACCAGUCGUGGACAACUCUUGGUGGGGAACCGCCAAAAGGUCUUUCACCUGGCUGUGGUAA